AAAAACAUUACGACUUUGCAAGUACUGUAUGUCACGUGUCGUCUGUAGUGACGUAGGCGUACACUUCCGGAGGUGUGCCAUUCCAAAACUGGCACAGAAUUUGAGCCUGAACAUGCCACUUAGUUGGAGGUUUACCAUAACACCACAAACUCAAAACAGAUGUUUGAAUGGACAAGUUUUUGACUCGGAAGAGAAAAAGAUCAUCUGAAGAAGCAGAUGAAUGGGAAACAGAGGCGCUGAUCAAGAAACCCACAGAGGAGGAGGGUGAGGAGGGGGAAGAGGAGUUUUCUCAGCCAAUUCCCUGGCAGAAGAUUGAGGCAGAGGGACUGGACUGUGACUAUAGUUUGCUUUUUAACAAAGAGGAGGCUGAUCACCUUUUCAACCAGCUAGAAGAGGAAGUGGAGUAUUUUACAGGUGACAAAGCAAAACUACAAGUGUAUGGGAAGUCAUACAACAUUCCAAGAAAGCAAGCGACAUAUGGGGACGAGGGACUGAUGUACUCAUUCUCUGGAGUUCAUCUCCUGGCCAAACCAUGGACACCCACUCUGGGACACAUUCGAGAUGCUGUUACCAAAGCCACAGGCUACACAUUCAACUUUGUUUUGAUAAACAGGUAUAAAGAUGGCCACGAUCACAUUGGAGAGCAUCGUGAUGAUGAGCGAGAACUCGAUCCGGCUUGUCCUAUCGCUUCCGUGUCUCUAGGAGCUGCCCGGCACUUCAUUUUCCGUCACAGGGACGCACGAACAGGUCCUAGCAAACGUCAGAUUGAGCCUGUGAAGCUGGAGCUGGCUAACGGUAGUCUUCUUCUCAUGAACUAUCCCACAAACACAUACUGGUAUCACAGUCUUCCAAUCCGAAAAAAGGUCAUAACCCCACGUAUUAAUCUCACUUUCAGACGCAUAGUCAAACACAGACAGAAGAGCGGCACUAAAACUGAAUGAUUGUUUUGAUUUUUAGCAUUAUCUAAGGUAUUGCUGUGGGCCACUUUGGUUGUUCUAACACAACAGCACUUUUUCACAGGGUUGUGGGCAUCUGUUUAGGGUAGGGUUCUUCAAUUAAUCCUUGUGGUGUUUUGGCACAUUCAGACAAUACUGUGUUAUUUCAUUUAAACUAUACAUCUCUUUGUUUGUCUUCAUGUUAUGAUUUAUUAGUCUUAAUACCAGAUAAUGUGAAGUGUUUCAUGUUUGAUAUUUGCCAACAGAAUGCACUUGCGACAACAUUGAAAGGAAAUAUUU